CCGAAACGCGAUCUCAGGUGAGCACAUUUUCACGUGAAACAAACGUUGUAAUGUGAAAUCGAUUGGACUCCCGCGUCAUGAGAUCGAUAUUUGACGGUGGCAGUAACUUACGGGCAUGGCGCCGCGUGAACAGUGUGUGUGAGUGUGUGUGGGCGAUGCGGGGCACGUAGCCGCGGCAUGGAGGAGGACGAACGGCGGCUCUCGUUCCCGCCGCCGGCGCCGCUCAGUUCGCCGGGCGAGGAGAUCGACGGCUCGCGGCUCCUCGGCGAGAUCGUGCGCACCCUCGAAGCGACCAACCCGGAGGCGGCCGCGCCCCUCGUCGCGUCCCAGUCGCGCGACGCGCUCGACGUCGCGGGCGACGAUGAAGCGCGCGAGCGACCGCGGCGCGACGACCUGCGCAUCCCGCUCGAAGGCGUCACGUUCUCGAGCGAGAUCAGCGGCGCGGGUGCUGGAGGUGGAGGGGGCAAAGAGGAGCCGCGCGCGGCAGUGACGCCGUUCACGCGUGAGUCUGCGAGGCGCGCGGGCUCGCGCGGCGCGCAAUUGGUGCGUGAGUUCGGGUUCAUGCCACGGCGGCGCUUGAGUGUUGAAGAUGGUGCGCGCCUCCCGCGAAAGUACGAGCCUUUCCCCCCCAAACUGUACGGCCGGCCCCUCGAGGAAAUCGACAACUUCAUUUACGAUGAGACGUUCUGCGUGGUAUCGAAACGUUUCCGGAAGAACUACAUCCACCGGUUCACGGCGACGCGGUCGCUGUUCUGGUGGUCACCGUGGUCGCCUGUACGCCGCGCAUGCGUCUACCUCUCCACUAACCAGUACUUCGACUACUUCGUCAUGGCCACCAUACUCUUCAACUGCGUCUUCCUCGCCAUGUCGGAGACUAUCGAAGAGGCUGAAUACAUAUUCUUAGCGAUAUAUACAGCAGAGAUGAUCAUCAAAUGCAUAGCGAAAGGCUUCAUCCUGAACAAAUAUACUUACCUGCGGAACCCGUGGAAUUGGCUUGACUUCGUUGUGAUCACCUCUGGGUACGCCACGAUAGGCAUGGAGGUCGGUAACCUGGCUGGUUUGAGAACCUUUCGUGUGUUAAGGGCGUUGAAGACUGUUUCUAUUAUGCCUGGGUUGAAGACUAUCAUCAACGCGCUGCUCCACUCCUUCAAACAGCUGGCCGAAGUCAUGACCCUGACUAUCUUCUGCCUCAUGGUGUUCGCUCUGUUCGCCCUGCAAGUGUACAUGGGCGAGCUGAGGAACAAGUGUGUCAAGAACCUUGUGGUGCCGGCGGGCGAGAACUUCACAGAUGAACUAUGGGCACAGUGGAUAAAAGACCCGUCGAACUGGAUGGUGGACGACGAGGAAGUGCCUAUAAUCUGCGGUAACCUGACGGGCGCCCGUCACUGCCCGCCGCACUUCACCUGCCUCUGCGUCGGGCCCAACCCCAACCACGGCUACACCAACUUCGACAACUUCCUCUGGUCCAUGCUCACCACCUUCCAACUCAUCACUCUGGACUACUGGGAGAAUGUCUAUAACAUGGUGCUGUCGUCAUGCGGGCCGAUGUCGGUGUCCUUCUUCACUGUGGUGGUAUUCUUCGGGUCGUUCUACCUCAUCAACCUGAUGCUGGCUGUGGUCGCGCUCAGCUAUGAAGAGGAGUCACAGAUCACCCAGGAGGAAAGGAAGAAAGACCUGAAUGAGCACCGGGACGAUUCGACAUUCAGUUUCGACCCGACCUCCCUCGCCGUACGCACUCUCGCGAAGGACUCGAAGAAGCGCAUAGACGCGCGCAAGGGGCUCCUGUUGGCGUCCUACUCAAGGAAGCGUACGAGGAGACGCAAGCGCGGGCGCAGCGCCAUCCACCACGCGGCCGCGGUCGCUGCUGUUUGUGAGAAGUCUCGCUCGCGGUCCCGGUCGCGGUCGGUGACCCCAAGCUCGUCGCCGCCCCCGCCGCCGCCGCCGCCCCCGCCCCCGCCGCCACCGCCCCCGCACACUCUGCACCCUGAUAAUGCUUUAGGUCGUGGCGCCCUAAGCGCAGCAGGUCGACAACUGAGCGACCACAGCAACAACCGGGAGUCUUCGCUCGACGACUCCGGAGUGGUCGAUGAUCACGACGAGGGUGAGCACACAUCCGACGACCAAGCCACGCACCCCCAUCGCCGUGUCCUGCUGCUGCCCGCGCCGCCGCCACAGCCCCAAACUACUCCGCUACCUCACGUACAAAAAGAGAGCCAAACAAAAGCGCCAAAACUGAAGAACGGAUCAAAAGAACAAACACAUAUACAAACACAAGUAACGCACACAAAACCAGUGGAAAAAACGAAAGAAAAAAGGAGUGAAAAAGGGAGCCUCCAGGAGAAAUAUCCACUAAAUCCUGACUACCUCAACCAAAUCGUAGUUCUAGGGGCGGACUGGCCAUACAAGCGCGCGCCCGCACUCCCGCAAGCGGAGACGACGAAAAUUAAUGAGCUCAGUUUAUUGGCAGCCACGCACAAAACUCAUAUGGGCAAUUACGAGCAAAAUUGCACUUACUUCACAGAUGAACUCGUGGAUAGAAACUGUGAGUGCUGCGUCACCUGUUGCAUAGACUACGAGGGAUGGUUGCAGUUCCAGAACUGCUUGUAUGGGAUCGUGAAAGAUCCGCUGUUUGAAUUGUUUAUAACCACUUGUAUCAUAUUGAAUACGCUCUUCCUCGCUUUGGAACACCACGGCAUGAGUGAGAACGUUAGGUCGGCCUUAGAUAUAGGGAAUAAGGUGUUCACGUCAAUAUUUACAUUAGAGUGUAUCAUGAAAGUGAUGGCGAUGAGCAAAGACUUCUUUGCGUGCGGUUGGAACAUAUUCGACCUUAUAAUCGUGUCGGCCAGCCUUCUAGAUCUCAUAUUUGAGCUCGUUGAUGGCUUAUCUGUGCUGCGGGGCCUUCGUUUGUUACGAGUGUUAAAGUUAGCUCAAUCAUGGACUACAAUGAAAGUGUUGUUGAGUAUUAUAAUAUCGACUAUCGGUGCUCUCGGUAAUUUGACGUUUGUGUUAGUGAUAGUUAUAUACAUAUUUGCCGUCAUCGGUAUGCAGUUGUUUUCUAAGUCCUACACGCCUGAUAAGUUCGACCCAGAUCCUGUACCCAGGUGGAACUUCAACGACUUCUUUCACUCGUUCAUGAUGAUAUUCCGGAUCCUCUGCGGCGAGUGGAUCGAGCCUCUCUGGGAUUGCAUGAGGGCCGAGCAAGCCAGCGGGGCGGAGAGCUGCUUCUUCAUAUUCCUACCAGCAUUAGUAAUGGGGAACUUCAUGGUGCUCAAUCUCUUCCUUGCCUUGUUGCUCAAUAGCUUUAACAGCGAAGAGCUGAAGAAUAGGAAGGAGGUAAUGGAAGUUGGAGAGGAUUCAAAAUUAGCUAAAAGUUUCGAUAGAAUACGUUCUAUAGUAAGAAAAAAAGGUUUCCUUAUAUCUAGAAGUAAAGAGACUGAAAAAAAAUCUAAGUUAGAAGAGCUAGUUAACGAAUUUAUGAUACAACAUCGCGCCAUGAAGGACGAGAAAAAGUUGUCGAUACCGAGUGAGCAUAGAUACUCGUCGUCGAUACAGGAGACUGUCCUGUUCCCCCACGACAAUAUUUAUAGUCAUAGUUACCAAGAAGCAUUAAAUAGGCCAAUAUCAGUAGGUUCCGACUUCGCCUACCCACAUCUUUACCAAUCCGGCAAUAAUUUUAACCACGGCAGCCAAGAAACUUUGAAGGACGUGCGUGACUUGGCGACUGAACAUAAAAUUACGAGCAUUAGAGAGGACUCUAAGGAAAACCUCGACGAAUGUUCGCCAACAGAACAAGUUGCUGCGCAAAGGUUGUUAAACCAAAUGUCCUCUGGAUACCACACGCAGCCAUCGGAUUCUAGAGAUGAAAAAGAGGAUUAUGAGAUGGCCCAAAUGUCAAGCAAAACAACCCCAGAGAAACGGAGGAUAGGCAGGGAACCCCCAAAUGUUUUAAGUGGACGCAAGAACUCUAAGGGCGAGUACAUUGAACCGAUUGGGAGUUUUCCGGGGUUUGGAAAGCCGAAGCAGGAGAAAGUACCGCAGGAUUGCUAUCCUCGGCAGUGUUACGAUGCAUGUCCCUGUUGGGAUUCGAUGAUUGACACAAAGAUGGGUCAACGCUGGAUGCUCAUCCGCACGUUCGUCCUCCGAUAUGUGGACACUCCAGCGUUUGAGUGGUUUGUCUUAGUCCUCAUAUUCGCCUCCAGCAUCACGCUCUGCUUUGAAGACAUCCAUCUCGAGAAAAACAAGCCCUUAAAGAGAAUCCUGUACUGGACAAAUCUGGGAUUCUGUAUGAUCUUCGUCAUAGAAAUGUUUCUCAAGUGGAUUGCGCUGGGAUUCUUCAGAUACUUCACGAGUUUUUGGACGUUGUUAGAUUUUACUAUAGUUUUUGUGUCAGUAUUCAGUUUGUUAAUAGAAGAGAACGAAAAUCUUAAAGUAUUGAGAUCCUUACGCACGUUGCGUGCUUUGAGGCCCCUUAGAGCUAUAUCGCGGUGGCAAGGCAUGAGGAUAGUAGUCAAUGCCUUAAUGUAUGCUAUACCUAGCAUCUUCAACGUGUUAUUAGUUUGUUUAGUGUUCUGGUUGAUUUUCUCCAUAAUGGGAGUACAGUUUUUUGGAGGAAAAUUCUUCAAAUGUGUUGAUGAUGAAGGGGAGCUGCUACCUUUAGAGAUAGUGAAUGACAAAUGGGAGUGUUAUUACAAUAAUUUCUCUUGGGUCAAUUCCAAGAUAUCGUUUGACCACGUUGGUAUAGCAUAUCUAGCGUUAUUCCAAGUGGCAACUUUCGAGGGUUGGAUGGAAGUGAUGGCAGAUGCCGUGGACGCGAGAGGCGUUGACCUUCAACCGGCGAGAGAAGCAAAUCUUUACGCUUACAUUUAUUUCGUAAUUUUCAUAGUUUGCGGAUCGUUCUUCACUCUUAAUCUGUUCAUAGGAGUAAUUAUAGAUAAUUUUAACAUGCUCAAGAAAAAGUAUGAAGGUGGUGUGUUAGAAAUGUUCCUCACAGAAAGCCAAAAGCACUAUUACACUGCGAUGAAGAAACUUGGCAGAAAGAAGCCCCAGAAAGUGAUAAAGCGGCCAAGGAACCAAUUCCUCGCAAUGUUCUAUGAUCUGUCGAACUCCCGACGGUUCGAGAUCGCCAUCUUUGUGUUAAUCUUCUUAAAUAUGCUCACAAUGGGGAUAGAGCAUUACGAUCAACCCCAUUCGGUAUUCUUUAUUUUAGAAGUUAGUAACGCGUUUUUCACAACAGUAUUUGGUCUAGAGGCGAUAGUAAAAAUAAUCGGUCUGCGGUACCACUACUUCACGGUGCCAUGGAACGUGUUCGACUUCCUCUUGGUCCUGGCUUCGAUUCUGGGCAUCGUCAUGGAAGACAUCAUGAUCGACCUGCCCAUAUCACCCACGCUGCUGCGGGUCGUCCGCGUCUUUCGUAUAGGGAGAAUAUUAAGACUGAUUAAGGCCGCAAAGGGUAUUAGGAAACUCCUGUUCGCGCUAGUGGUAUCCCUGCCAGCUUUGUUCAACAUUGGCGCACUCCUGGCGCUGAUCACCUUCAUCUACGCCAUCAUUGGUAUGUCAGUCUUCGGACACGUCAAGGAGCAAGGCGCUCUGGACGACAUCGUCAACUUUCAAACCUUCGGAAGGAGCAUGCAGCUGCUUUUUCGUCUCAUGACAUCAGCAGGCUGGAACGACGUGCUAGAGUCCCUAAUGAUCCAACCACCAGACUGUGAGCUAGGCGACCACGGUCACAAUAACGGCAACUGUGGGAGCCCGCUCCUCGCCAUCACCUACUUCACCUCCUUCAUCAUCAUCAGCUAUAUGAUCGUCAUCAACAUGUACAUCGCUAUCAUCCUUGAGAACUUCAACCAGGCUCAUCAGGAAGAGGAAAUUGGCAUCGUCGAAGAUGACUUGGAGAUGUUCUACAUACGAUGGUCUAAGUACGACCCGCACGCAACCCAAUUCAUAAGUUUCGCACAACUCUCAGACUUCAUUGCUUCUCUAGAUCCGCCGUUAGGCAUUUCCAAACCCAAUACUGUCGCUCUCGUCAGCUUCAAUCUCCCCAUAGCCAGAGGAAACAAAAUCCACUGCUUGGAUAUCCUCCACGCUUUGGUGAAACACGUGCUAGGUCACGUUGAAGAAACAGAUACCUUCAGACAACUUCAAGAGCAGAUGGAUAUCAAAUUCAAGAAGCAGUUCCCGACAAGGAAGGAGUUAGAAAUCGUAUCUUCAACGAGGAUAUGGAAACGGGAAGACAAAGCAGCUCGAAUGAUACAGCGGACGUGGAGGGAAUAUGUCAAACGAAAGAAUAGAAGUCCCUCUAACGAAGAAGAGAGCACGAAAUGGUCCCCUGGCGGGGGUUGGGGCGGACGCCUUAGUGCAUUGUUGCACGUUAGAAGAGGAUCCCAUGCCUCCAGUAGGAAGUCUUCGAGGGCUUCAGAUGCUUCAGACUUGAGUGAGCUAGGAGGGGCGUGGCUUAACCUGCCACUCCUGUUGUUACCAGGAGCGGCGCCUGGUGAACAGGCUGCCAGUGGAUCGGAAUCGGCGCCGCCGCGCAGGAGAUCAGCGUAUGGUUUGCCUCUAUUCCUGCGUCACCAGGAUGCCGUCGACGAGGAGGGCGGCCCGAAACGCGCAGGUUCCCUUCGCGUAGCUUCGCGGCGGAACUCGGCGCGGCGCGCGACGUCGCCAGCGCGCGCGCGCACGCCGUCGCCGCACGGCAGCAGCGCCGUCAGCAUCCUCGUGACGGAGGCGUCCCCCGACGCGGGGCCGCCGCCCGCCGCGCCCCCCACCGUCGUCCGAGUGCUCGUCCACCGCGAGAGCGACGAGCGGCCCAGCUGAUCCGAGACCGAGCCCGACCCGGCUCCGACCGCUCGGACUGACCCCGUUGGCUAGUUUUAGGACACCGGACGGACUGUCGAAGAUAAUACAGAUAUUGUGUUCGCGCACGGCCGUGCCCGGUGAUAUGACGGGUAGAAUAAUUGUGAUUUUAAACCGAAGUAAACGUUAGCUUUUAACCGCGUCUAUGAAUAAAUAAAUGUUGAUGAGAGAAUCGAUGCCCCUAAAGUAGAUAGAAUUCGAUAUAGAGAGGCUGUUGUCCGACUAACGAAGCGAGUAUUUAAAUCGAAUGUUUUGUUGUGCGCGUUUAAUGAGGAAAGAACGCAAACCCUUUAUGAUUAUGAAUAGUGUUUAACGUGAGUUUGGAUGACAGCCUAACCGUGAACUUCCAAAAUUGUUGCAAUAAAGUUUUAAAUCGAUUCAUCGAUUUCAAUAAGCUUAGGUACCUAAAUUAUUAUAUCGAUAGCAAGUUUUAAAGCAUGCGAAAAUGUUAUUGUAAGAUUCAUUUUUGAAACUACGCUUGAUUAGUAAUGCAGAUUUGUUCGAUUGUAUAGCAUUUUUUUUUGUAAUUAAUUAAGUAUAAUCGAGACUUGUCUCAGAGAUGGUUGUAAAUUUUGUUGUUGUAAAUAUUAGAUAAUUUGUAUAUGAGAACGACUGAUAUGUCAUCUUAGUCGACGAUAAAUGAAACAUUACAGCGAUAGUGGCAGCUCGAAUGCGGUGAUACUCCAUUACGUAAUAAACACAAACACAGCGGACCCGGAAACCAAUACUUCGGUAACUUCGCUUAAUAUUAACUUCACGAGCUAGAAUCGAAUACAACAAGACAACCAGCAGCAAUAGAAUUAUUAGAUGAAUUUAACAAGUCAAUUUUCGCCUUUUAAUAAUAGGUAAAUAUUAAAUAAAUUGUUUUAUACAUUAGUAACACAUGUAUUUUUAGAUGUAGGCCUCUCGGUUUCGCAACGCCAUGCGCCAUUUAGUCACAUACCAUGUUUUACAAUCACACAGCCAUGCAAUGACUAAGUUCCUCAAAAACAAUAUAGAUUUUAUGAUUUUCCUUCGUUUAACCUUCUUAUUUCACGGAUAACAGACGUGCAUCUUUUAUCUUUGUUUUUGGGUAUAAAUGAUGACACCCAGGCACAAUUACACCUUCCACCCAUUAUUAUUCUGAUUAAAAUAAAGAGAAGCAAUAUAGGUAGCAACAUAAUUCUAUACAUAAUGUGAUCCAAAUAUCAAGGAACAAUUACUAUUAUAUUGUAUUUGUAAAUAAUUAUCGAAAAUGGCUAAUUUUCACGUAAAAUCUCAACAGCGCCAUCUAUAUUACUUUUGGGGAACAUAGCCUGGAAAGUCCUUCAUUUAUUGUAUAGGUACCUACAAUAAUCAUUCAGUCACAGAAACGCAAGAUAAGUCGCACAAAUCUUCAGAAUUAACUUAGUUAAAAUUACAUUUUUCAAUAUCUCUACCUAUUAGUUACAUUUUAAAAGACAAUACUUAUUCAAUUUAGGCUCUUGUAGAUACAAGUUUGUAUAGCUGCGGCUUUUUGGCCAUUAGGCUUGAGCUUCAACAUGUGUUUCAUUGAAAUACCUAUUCUCCUGUUUGUUUAUAGUCGUGUUAUAGUUUCGUAACGUUGCGCCCGUCCAUAUAAUUUUAUUUGUUAUUUUGUUGUAAAGUUAACAUUAGCUGCCAUGAAUAGUGAUGAUAAUUUAGGUGCACCAAGUGCUUUAAAAUGACGCAGUUUACAGUUACAGUAGCUUUAAAGUUGAAGAAGUUGGUUGCAGUUGUUUUAUAUUAGUAGAACUAGCAAGCUCAGCCGAUUCUCAGUAUUUUAAAGCAGUCGUAUAAUACGUAAAUUUUGUGAAGGUACGCACCGUACCAAAGAAAUUUUAAACCCCCUUUAGUAGGACCAACUUCGUCGAUUAUUUUACAACUUGUAUCUGAAUUUUACUAUUUAAUCUUGACCAAAAC